AAACCACCAGAAGAAGAGUGAUGUUUUAGUCUAUUGACAAGUGCUUUCAUGUUGUUCUCGUUUAAUAUCAUUAUUAUAAACUGGUUUGUUCGGAGCGCAUAUAGUUUGAACUGCACUUUUAUGAUUGCGUCAAUUUCAACUGCUUCAUCAUCAUACCGGAGCUAUUUUAGACGGGACUAUAAAUGAGAGAUAAAGACACUGACCGACCCUCUUCAAAAUCCACGAUCACAAUUCACACCAUCAGUGAAGCUCCUCCCACAGUAAUCCACUGAUAAAUGCUGUGAAUAUCCCCAUCAGCUUACAAGAGAAGAUCUGCAGUGAAAGAAUUUGUGAAAGAAGAGAGUGAGAACAUGAGUGAUCCAGAAGCCUGCAGAAUAAAACAUGAAGAUACAGAGGAACAAAGAGUUUGGUGUCCAUUCUUGAUCCUAAACAAACAGGAACAACUGAAAUCUGCAAUGAAAGAGUUUGUGAAAGAGGAGAGUGAGAACAUGAGUGAUUUAGAAGCCUGCAGAAUAAAACAUGAAGAUACUGAGGAACAAAGAGACCUAAUGGACAUUAAGGAGGAAAGUGAAGAACUGAGUGAAUUUGAGGAGAAACAUCAUGAUUUCAUCACUGGAGAAACAUCUUUGGGUUGCUCACAGACUGAAAAUUUCUUACAAAACAGAACUCAGCGAACAAAAGCCAUAACUGCUUUCACCUGCCCUCAUUGUGGAAAGACUUUCAGACAAAAAACAAACCUUAAGAGGCACACAAGAAUUCAUUCUGAAGAGAAUCCCUUUACAUGCCAACAGUGUGGAAAGAGUUUCAGACAAAAAGAAAACCUUAAGAGGCACAUAAGAAUUCAUUCUGAAGAGAAUCCUUUUACAUGCCAACAGUGUGGAAAGAGUUUCAGACAAAAAGAAACUCUUAAGAGCCACGUGAGAGUUCACACUGGAGAGAAACCACAUGCAUGUGAUCAGUGUGGAAAGACUUUCAGACAAAAAACAAAUCUUAAGAGGCACAUAAGAAUUCAUUCUGAAGAGAAUCCUUUUACAUGCCAACAAUGUGGAAAGAGUUUCAGACAAAAAGAAAACCUUAAGAUCCAUAUGAGAGUUCACACUGGAGAGAAACCUUUCACAUGUGUUCAGUGUGGAAAGAGUUUCACACAAAAAGAAACCCUUCAGAGCCACAUGAGAGUUCACACUGGAGAGAAACCGCACGCAUGUGAUCAGUGUGGAAAGACUUUCAGACAAAAAACAAACCUUAAGAGGCACAAAAGAAUUCAUUCUGAAGAGAAUCCUUUCACAUGCCAACAGUGUGGAAAGGGUUUUAGACAUAAAGAUAACUUAAAUAGGCACAUGACAACACACAGUAGAGAGAAGCCACACGCAUGCCAACAUUGUGGAAAGAGUUUCAGACAAAAAGAAAACCUUAAGAGCCACAUGAAAGUUCAUACUGGAGAGAAACCGCACACUUGUGAUCAGUGUGGAACGAGCUUCGCGUGUAAAAGGAAUCUUAAGAAUCACAUGAGAAUCCACACUGGAGAGAAGCCGUACACAUGUGAUCAGUGUGGAAAGAGUUUCAAAAGGUCACAAAGUCUCCACGGUCAUCUGCUCUCUCACACUGGAGAAAGAUCAUUUAACUGUGAUCAGUGCUGUAAAAAUUUUGCUGUGAAAUCAGCCCUGAAGCAACACCUGAGAGUUCAUGCAAAGGAGAAGCAUGUUUGUUCUUUGUGUGGAAAGAGUUUUUCACAUUUGGUGAACCUGAAAAGGCACCAGAAAAUACACAGUAGUGUGAAGGAUUAUAUGUUCUGUGAGUGUGGAAAGACUUUUACUGCAUCCAAAGAUUUGAAACGACACCAGAGAAUUCACACUGGAGAAAAACCUCACGUGUUCACGCUGUGAACAGGACAGGCAAGGCAGGCAAUUGCCUGGGGCUCCAAGCUGGGAAAGGGCAUCCCGUGGGUGGCAAUUACAGUAGUUAACGGCAACGACACUUGAAACCAAUGAUUGGCAAUUCUUAGUAGACUAGAAUGACAUUUUCGAAAACCCACCUAGGGGGCCCCCAUACCUUUAGCUAUAAUCGAAUUCAAGUAAGUGCUGGAUGCAGGCAACAUGAAGAGGACGUCCAAUGUACCAAUCUGGGAGUCAGAGGAGGAAUAAAGAAAGAGGAAAAGAAGCAUGACAGUGCUGACUGGUACAGAAUCUGUAAUUUUUACUGAAUUAUUCCUUCUCACGAAAAGAUUGCCAGUGGCUGCGCGAGUCGUAAUGAGUAUUGUUUACAUUCACUGCAUGUUAUUCUCCAUACAAUUCUUAUUUAAUCAUGACAAAAUAUAGCUACAUCAUAAGAAAGGCGUAAUCUCCAGCUUUGAUAUUUCACCACUGUUUUAUGAUAGAAAUGUUGCAGUGAGAGUAACUCCUUAAUUUACAUCAGAAGUACACAUCUGACAUGCAAAAACGAGAGUUAUGGACAUAAACAUGUAAUAAAGACACACAUGCCUAUUAAAGUGAGCUCUCGUCUUUUUGUCAUUUUGAGGCUUUAACAAACAAUGUCCAUUAGAAGUUGCAGUCCAAAUAUUAGUGCAUUUAGAGACAAUUUUAUGGAUUCUCAUGUUUAGCCUACUUCAGAUUUCUUUGAUUGUCAUUCAGGGGCAGAUUCAAUAAGAAUGAACUGCGCCCGGUAAAAGCACCAUUUUUUUUGCAUGCACUCUCUUUGCUUGUUUAGCACCCUAUUUACUAAUAAUUAUGCAGAUCAGGCAAUGGUGCAAACACAGCCACAAAAUUGCUGCCAAACGCAAUUUGCAUGUGCAAUUCUGGUCUUACGGGCCGAUUCGGAGCACUAUACAGCAGAAGAUGCCGAAGACCACUGUAUUUGACACACCCUGCCAGGACUGUACAUCAUCACUGUGAUCCAGACACUUGAAUCAUCUCUUAAACAUGUAAAAUGUGUGCUUGAUGACAUUGCGCAUCUAGAUAUAUAUAUAUGCCAGGCUAUAACACUCUUCUCCGUCAUUUGAAAUGAUCAGUUGAAAAUGUUCACAAACAUCUCUUUUAAAUAAAAUUAAUUUUACUGAGUAUUUUAUUUGGUGGUAAUAGCACAAUCUAAAUUGCGGCAGGCAAUUUUUGUGAAUGAAGCGCAAUCUACAGUGAGCCUAAUUUACACAAAAAGGAGAUGUGUUAGUGCGGAAAGCAUAACAAUUACUUCAUUUAAAUACUCAAGAUGCAGCACAAUUUCAGUGCACCUGCUAAAAUAGAUUGCAGGUGGUAAAUGAAUGAAUGUGUGGUUUUUGCGCUGAAAUUCCAAGUGCAAAAGUGGCACAACUGUUUAAAGCAUUCAUCCAUGUUAUGCACACUGUAAUCUGAUCUGCAAAGAAGAGCCUGCUUUUUUUUUUUUUUUUUUUUUGUCUAGGGCACCCAGAGUCCCUAGAAUGGCCUCUGGUGACAAGAGAUUCACUUGUUCAUCAGAUCUUAAAAUACAUGUGAAAGUCCACACUGGAGAGAAGCCGUACCACUGCCGUCCAUGUGGGAAAAGUCUCACCCAAUCAAGUCAACUACUGAGUAA